ACUCUGCGUUUUUUACACACCUCCAUUACCAUUACUCUCUCUCCCUCUCUUCAUUCCUCUCAAUUCCGGUAUGGCUGCUGACGUCAGCUCCCUCGUACGGUUACUAAACGGUUACAACGACGAUCGAACGGUGACGAAAGAAUCCUCCGGCGCGAAAUCGGCGCCGAUGACUCGCGAUCUCCUCGGAAGCAGAGGAGGAGGAGGAGGUGAUCGGUCACUAGAGCUCGACCUCGAUCUUCAAGUCCCCACCGGAUGGGAGAAACGUCUCGAUCUCAAGUCAGGGAAGGUUUAUCUGCAACGAUGCAACUCAACGAGCUCGUCGACGAUAACAAACUCAGAUCUAUCAUCAUCCAAUCAAACAGUACCAACGACGACAACGACGACGUUUCAGGAUUUGAAUUUCCCUCCGAAUCCAACCAAUCCUCAUCACGCCAAGCCUCUGCUCAACCUCUUCGACGACACCUCCCCGGAGCUGAAGCUUCGUCCCUCCCAUCCUCUCUCUCUAUCGCCGAACCGUAAUUUCCAGAGCGUAUGCACGCUGGACAAGGUGAAAUCGGCUCUGGAGAGAGCCGAGAGAGAUCCGGUUACGUUCAGGAAACGGCAAUCGCCGGACGAUCAUCUUCAUCGUCGGACGGAGGCUGCGUCGCCGGUGGCGGCUGGGUGUCCUGGGUGUUUGAGCUACGUUCUGGUGAUGAAGAACAACCCGAGGUGUCCGAGAUGCGAUACCGUUGUUUCUUUGCCUACGGAUUCUUCUUCUUCUUCCAUGAAGAAGAAGGUUAAGAUUGAUCUCAACAUAUCAAUUUGAAACUUAUGGGGGUUAACUGAAACAUCUUUUAUUCUUUGGGGGGUCUUGGUGAUAUGUUGUAAAUGAUAGAUAAAAAUUUGAAAAGAAAGACCCAAAAAAAUUGAUGCGAUGGAUUUUUGAGGGUGCUA